UUUACAUUUCACCCAUAAUUAAAGGUUAACAAAAUGCUAUUACCUUUAUUUGCUAUGUACGGUGUUUAGGAGACAGAAGCCGAUAUUACUGACUAGAAUUUCAAGAGAGUACUUCAUGGAUUUUAGUUUUUCAUUCCUAGAAGUUACAGAUCCAUGACGUUCCUGAAAUGCCUCCGCAAAUGAGUAGCGAAAAAUUCAUCCGCGCUGAGCGUAAGAAUCGGCUGGAAACGCACAGGUUAAAAGUUACAUACAGACACUACGACAAAGAAACAGUUAGGUUAAAUUAUGAAAUUGAUCGAGAAAAACGGAGCAUAACAAAAUCAUUCCGAAAUGUUAUUAAGACUUCCGGCGCAAGUGAUCUCGGAAUUCCGCCAAAAAACGACAAGGACACAGACUUUGAAAAAUGUCCAUCUUAUAUGCAGGGAUUGAAGCUUAGCAACAAACGCUUGAUGGAAUGGCGGGAAUGCGAGAAGCAGCUAGACAAAUUCAUUAUGCACCAUGAAUUAGAGCGGGCUAAACAAAAACGGAAGAAAUGCUUGAAGAAAAAGAACCCCGGUUUUGAAUUUAAUCCUCCAAAGAAAUUUAACGAUAUUGACGAUGACGUAUUCGUUGACAACGAAAGACUACUAACUAAUGAUGCUUCUUCGCCAGUUGAUAUUCUCAAAGACAAUCCAAGUAAUUCUUCUGAGGUUUUCGAUAUCAAAAAAUGGGAGUCAGAUAUAAUUGAUAGCUACAAGUCAAUGGUGUGCCAAAAUCCACAUGUGACAAGCAACGAAGGCGAUACAAAGUACAAACUGAAAUCUAAAUCAUCACCCACAUUUUCAUCUCGAAUCAGUGAACCUGACGAAGAAAAGAAAAAGCGAGUAAGACCCCACACUGCACAACCAAGGAUCCGACCCUCGUCAGGACGAUUGUCCACACCUCAGAGACCUGCUUCCGCAACCGUUAGGUCUGAAAGUCAGUCGCCGUUUCUCAUUACUAAAGAUAGCAUUUAUAUCAAAACAGGACAAAGCUUUGAAAAGCUCGUGGAAAAUAGACCAGUUGACACACCAGUUAUGGUGAAUAAUUACUUAGAUGCUCCGUCCUUGAAACCUCCUGCUACAAACACAGAAAAAGAGCCUAGCAUUGCUUCAAUCAGUACAUUAUGUCCUGUGCAAGAGGGCAACGAAGAAGACGAAACCGAUGACGUAGCUACUGACAAAAUGAAUGAGGACGAAAGGGAUACAGAAGCUCAUUCGGAUGAUGAGAAAAAUGACCAAACAGUUAGCACAGCUCUCGGAGAAAAUAAAAUGCAGUCAGAGUUGUCUUUGAAAUUUCAGCUUCGUAUGAGACAGAAAUUAGAGAGAACGCGAUCAGCAAGUUCUGGUAUGAUAGGACAAAUGCCAAGUAAUCGAAACCAUUUCAAACAGUCCAACUCUGAUUUAAGUUCCUACGUGGAAGGAAGCCGUAGAACUCGAAGGGAUUCCGGAUCUGCGUCAAGCAUGAUCAGUAUGCCAAUGUCAAGGACAGGAUCAUUUGUUUCUAGUCAUAGGCCAAGCGAAUCGCUCGGCAUAGCGGCUGAUAUUGAAGAGAUCCAAAGAGGACAGGAUAAAUUGCUUAGCGAAAUAAAACCUGAGAAACCUCUAUCUACUAAUAAACUUGUGUCAGUAACAAAGAUAGUUCGUGCUGCAUUGACAUUUUCAAGGGUUGCCCGCAAGAGGGCACUACAAAAAAUGCAAAACGAAAACUCGUCUGAUGCACACGAGAUCGUGCGUCAAGAAAGGAUAAGGAAAUUGCAAUCGCGACAGAAUGUACUUAAUACAAUAGCUAGUCAAUGGCAGACAGAUCCAAGUACUCUGAUAGAACAGGUUGAAUAAAUAACUUAACUUGUUUUUAAAACCCAUUGCUGAAAAAAGGUUUACACAGUGAAAAUCAAAAGUAGAUCUACUUUUACCAAAUCUUGCACAUAGAAAUCACCAAUGCGCUUUCACAGUAACUCGGAAAUGAAGGUUUCGAAAAAUAACGUACAUCCGGGGGCUUUAAAUGAAGAUUAACAUUAAUGAGGAAAUAAAGUUGCAUGACUAUAAGGAUCUUACAUGCCUAUCUUUGUGAGACGGGGUUUACCUUAACCGAGGGAUAGUGUGGAAUUAAAAAUAUAAUAGAAUCUAUUACGCAUCGGAAUGACAAUGAUUUUAUUCUUGAAAGAGCAAAUCACUAAAUGAGGUAUAUUAUUUCGACUCUAACACGUUUCCAAGCAUUUUUAAGUACACCCUUGACAACAUCCAUAAUAUAUUUGCCUUUUUCCGUUGGUUUAUUUUCCAGCGCGCUAUGCCGUUUGACGCUAUGACGUAAUAAUUGUGACGUCAGAAAAAUGAAUUGUUGUAUAAUAACACACAAUAUUCAGCCGUCUUUGUUUAAUAGAAAAAUGAAUCAGGUCGUGUUAGAAUGCAUGUUAAAAUUUAGAUCUAUCUGUAAACUAUGUCAAUAAUUAGCUGGGCUUAACCUUUUUUUUAUAGGUUAUUAGAUUUGUUCGACUUAAGGUGGAAUGCGCCUAAUUUGAAGUUGUUGGGUUCCGACAUUUGUUUAAUAUGAAAUUUAGCAUAUUCCUCACAGAAUGCGUAUUUUACUUUUUUGAUAUUUCUGUAACUUUUUUUUCUCUGCAAACCUUCAAACACAACCAUUGACGUCCAUUUUUUAUGAACCGCGAUUUCACGUCCAUCAGACAGUUUUCGUAAAUUGUUCUUUUCAUUCUACAAGAAUCGAUUUGCUUGUUUCUCGUCAUAUUUUCUUUUAAAAAUGUUUUUAAAAUGGUGUAUAAUUUGUGGAGAUCAUUUUAACGUAAAAGUCGAUAUUUACGUUAAAGUGACGUCAGAGCGACAAAUAUGACGUUGAGUUUUGAAUAAAAAAUUUGCUUUA